AUGCCUGCCUUGACCGGCUCAAUGCGAGAUCUACCCUCUCACGCCUCUCCGGUCUACUCCCCUAGACCUUCGGCUGGUAAAGAUGUCUCACAGUUCGAUCUCGACAAUGGAAGAUCGGAAUCUCCACCCCCUCCAACCUUCGUCAGUCCAGCAUUCACUCCUCCAUCUACUCCAGGCGCAGAGACGUCGACAAGGCACCAAGAACCUCGCUCAAUUCCGGUUGAUACCGCAUCCCGAAGACCGCCAAAGCUUCUCGACACUCUUCCAGACGUCAAUUGCGUUGUUCGCGCAAGGAUACCUACGGUGACUGGCGCAGAGAUGUUUUUGCAUCUAUACCAAAAUAACGUGGAUGAUAAAGAGCAUUUGGCUAUUGUAUUUGGCAAUGACAUACGGUCAAGAUCGUUAGACGCGCCACGGUCUGGCGAAACAGAAAUGGAUCGCAUGAUACGAGGCGCAUACACGGGCAGGCUUCACCCCGGAAGAACAUCGAGUCGAUUUGAUCCAGAGCCACACCCGUCUACCUCUAUGCUGAUAGCUCAAACCACUCAUUCAUCACCCCUGGUCAGGAUACACUCAGAAUGCUAUACUGGCGAGACGGCAUGGUCUGCCCGGUGCGAUUGUGGAGAACAACUCGACGAGGCAGCCAGGCUUAUGUCUUUACCUUCGUCGCCUGGUGGCGUCAUUGUAUAUUUACGUCAAGAAGGUCGAGGAAUUGGUCUAAUGGAGAAGCUCAAAGCCUACAACGUACAGGAUCUUGGCUGGGAUACUGUCGAGGCCAAUCUCAUGUUACGGCAUCCAGCAGACGCGAGAAGCUACGGACUCGCCACAGCGAUGCUGCUAGAUCUCGGAUUUGGAGGAGAUGCAGGCAUCAAGCUACUCACGAACAAUCCGGAUAAAGUACGGGCAGUGGAAGGCCCUAAUCGCGAGGUCAUCGUUAAAGAGAGAGUGGCCAUGGUCCCUCUGGCUUGGAAGACAGGCGGAAAGAAGGGUAUACAUAGCGAGGAGAUCGAAGGCUAUCUACGAACAAAGAUAGCAAACCGACGGGAAACGGACCCCGCCGUCGACUCUACUGCAAACCGGCAAGCUUCCAGCAAAAAGAGACGGACAUCAACCUCGGGGCGAGGUGUCGCCAACCUCACCCCCGAGCAAUUGAAUAAGAAGCGGGCAAAUGAUAGAGAGGCCCAGAGGGCUAUACGCGAGAGAACCAAGGGUCAGAUUGAGAGCUUGGAGAGGAAAAUCCAAGAGUUGACCUCACAGCAACCAUAUCGGGAGCUUCAACAUGCUAUAUGGCAGAAGGAGCGGGUCGAAGCGGAGAAUGAAAAGAUCAAGACGACAUUGAACUCUGUUCUCGGCAUCAUACAGUCGAUAGUCGGUGGAAAUGGGAUCGUUGCAUCUUUUCCAACUCCAAGCCAUGAGCCGGGCGGCCUUACACCUACUCCGACAUCUGACAUCAAUGCUGGGCACCCAAUCAGCCCACAUACUUCCGUUUACAAUAACGUCCCUAAUGGUGCAUCGACUUCUUCUACAUAUACCGAUUCCCCCCGUCUGGCUCAGACGCAUACACCCCCUUUUAUCCCCCAGGCUACCUACACUUCACAGCCAAAUCCGUUCGCACCAGUCAAUGUACUUGAACGGCGUCAGCCUAGUCUCUCCCAUGGAUUGCAGUCUGGCUCCCCAGAUGAGAAACUCGACGUUGGAUCUGUGCUACAAAGUAUGCAGGAAAACCGCGAUAGGAGACAGCAAUACGAAAGUGACGGGACACCGUCGCUGUCGCCAUCCUCGGCCCUUCCUAUGAACCCUCUGAGUCCGAAUCAUAAUGCUCGUGAUAGCUAUGGGAACCAGAUGUUUGCAUGCUCAGUGCCUGUCCGAAAUAUACGUACCUGCCCUUUGGAUGGCCUGUUAUUAGACUUUCUCGGUGAACGACGACAAAGAGCCAUCGAAGGUAUGCCGAAUAGAGAGCUCGUAGGACCAGCAUAUCCGAGCGUGGUCUCCCUACUCAAGCCUCAAAGCAGCUUGACCUCGCACCCACUGUCGAAAAUGUUCACAGACAUGCUGAGCACCUUCCCUGAUUUAUCCACCCUUCCAGAGCAGGUCGCAGUACUGUAUAUAAUGUUCCUCAUCAUGCGAUGGCAAAUCUCCCCCACGCCAGAGAACUACGAUCGACUGCCCGAAUGGGUCACCCCCCGGCCUUCUCAACUUUUCAGUGUGCACCCUACUUGGGUAGACUAUCUGCCUUGGCCCCGCAUGCGAGAUAAAUUGGUGCAGACGUAUCCAAGCAUUCACUUCGACGACUUCUUCAUUCCAUAUACGACAACCUUGUCGCUGAACUGGACUUACGAGGCACCCGAUACUCUGCUUUCCAAGGAAGGAACGGAAGAGCUUUUCAUCAAUCCGGUGUUUGAAAGGCAUAUACGAGAUCUGAAGAACUGGACUUUGGGACCGGCCUUUGCUAAGGCUCAUCCUAGCUUGGCCGAGACCUGUACGAUUAAGCCGGAUAGUAGAAGGAGGAAUUCCAUUCUUCGCGUUCCUUAUCCAGCGUUCGCCAAAGAGCGCGGCUUCCCCCCCAAGGAUGUCACGCUUCCGGACGGCACCAAAGCGUACUGGUUGGGUAGUCCUUCCGCGGAGAAGGUGAUACUCUGGUUCCAUGGCGGCGGCUUCAACCUCCCCGCCGAACCCGGCCACCUCACCUUCGUCAACUCCCUCACCUCCCCCUCCGUCUCCGCCCUCAUGCUCUCCUACACCCUCGCUCCACACGCCAUCUACCCACGCCAACUCCAACAGGCCGUAGAGCUCCUCCGCCACGUCAUCACCUCCUUCCAUCACCAACCCGAAAGCAUCAUCAUCGGCGGCGACUCCGCCGGCGGCAACAUAGCCGUGGGCAUACUAUCUCACCUCCUGCACCCGCAUCCUGAAAUCGAGCCGUUGAGAUUCGAAGACGGGGCAAAGCUACGCGCAGCCAUCCUGCUCGCGCCCUGGGCGAGUUUCCGCCACGACUGGCCGAGCAGCAAAAACAACACGAGCAAAGACCUCGUGACAGACAAGGUAGGCGAUAAAUGGAGCAUGGCGUUCCUGGGCGGGCAGAAGAGGGAGGGGUAUAACGAGCCAUUGGCUGCGGAGGAGGGGUGGUGGCUAGGGUUGGAGGGAGUGGUGAAGGAGUGUCUCGUUUUGGGGGGUGCGGAUGAGCUUUUGGCGGACUCGAUUCGGGAGUUGGGGAGACGGUUCGCGGCCGUCCAUGAGGGGGUGAUGGUGGUGAUUGCGGAGGGGGAGUGGCAUGAUAAGCCCGUGACGUCGAGCCUCGGGAUGGGAGGGGAGCAGGAUGCGGCCAUCAGGAGCUUCAUUAAAUCACGGACUUGA